UUUAAAUAAACGAAGCAAUUAUUUAAGAAAGCUUAUUUAUUUAUUCAGUUUCAUAGAUGCAUUGUGGUAAUUGAUUACGUUUUGUCAUUAAUCGUAUAGCUUUCCUUAUCUUGCUCCUAGAUUCAACGGCUUUAAGACGAAAUAUGUCAUCGACAAUUGACCAGAUUUUUAGAAAAGAAGACAAAUCGUCCAAGCGACUAUGUUCCGUCAUAUCCGACUAUUUCUUCAUGUAUCCUGUUACAGUAAUUGAUCAGUCUAGUAUAGCCGUUCAUUCACCACACACCAAAAUAAAGAAAAUCCAAGAUGAAAAUGGUACCUAUUGGUACGACUACCUUCGAUCGAACACAAUCUAUGAGGACGUUGGUUGGUAUGGAUGUUCAUAUAAUACAAUUGAAAUUGCCACACGUAAUUAUGUCGACCUAGUAGUCAGCUGGAUGUAUGUUUAUGCUGAGUCUAAAACAGUUCGGUAUGAGAAAGUACCGCUUUCUAAAACUUUAGAAGCACUUGAAGGCGAAAACUUUGUCAUACCAUGUAGACCAACGUCGCCGACAGCGUAUGUCAUGCUUUCAUGGUACAAUCAAGAUCUCAAAGAACAUGAUUUACGAUUUUCUUUCGAUCCAAAAUUUGGAUUUACGCUGUACAAAGUCAAGCCGCAUGACCGAGGUUUCUACAAAUGCAAGAUCGCUCCUGAUCAAGAGGUUGCUUAUCGUCUAAUUGUGCAGGGUGAGUACACUUACUGAAAAUGUCCAUCUCAUUCUUAAGCUAUUUCAAGAUUUCCAUGUGACAGACACAUCUUUUCCUUCAUUUAGUAAUCGCUUCAGGGUAUCUUUUUAAUAUUUUACAUUAACAAAUUUUUAAUAUCAACAGAUUUUAAUAAUUUAAUAGUUUUAUUGAUCGUUGAAUAAGAUUAUUAUAUUUUUGAACGUAAUGACGAUAUCUCAAUUUCUUCUCAAAUGAUUUCUAUCACAAAUCAAACAAUAAACCGACUUUGUUUAUGGUCCGUGAUUGUUUUUUGGAUCUCCACUUUCUCCACGGUAUCGUCUUACGCUUUUUAUGUUACAGUAGCUUUCCGUAUAACGUGAUAAUGCGUUACGCGUUGUACAAAUUCGAGUUAUAGGAAAUGAAGCCACACGAAAAUGUUCUUCUUAUAUUGCCAAUUAUAUAUUUUUUUAUUUAUUUAUUUAAGGUCGCAUCAGCUUAUUUUGUCAAUAACCAGUUUUUUCAAUGUUUUGUCCAUAAUGACAGUUAGAAGUACUCACAGUUUUAAAACGCACAAAAAUGGAAAAUGGAACUUACGGGAGUUGAAAGUGCUCAAAGGAUUGGUGAGUUGUUCUUCUGUCUUCGACAUGGCAAUCUUUGUCAUAGUGAUGCAGCUAUUGUAUGUUGCGCAGUUAGUUGUCCAAAUCGUCAGACCCAGUGACUACGUCGAAGCUUCAGCUUGUAGGAAGUUGACACGUUCGUGGCGACGACUGAUAGUGUAGAAUCACUUCAAUAUGAAACCAAGUCACAUUAAAUUUGCCCGAUCAAGUUCAGUGUGUAACAAGUUAGCGAUCUACACGUCACAAGUGACCCGCCCCAAAGUUACAAAUACAAAAUUACAUUUCGAAUACCGAUAAUUAUGAUUACGUUAACAAGUAUCCGGCUCGAAGUACCAAUGUUUCGAGCUGGUUGUUAGUUCGCUGGUUCAAAAACACGCUCGUGUAUUGAAAUGGCCUGCGGGCAACGAUGGCUUGCAGGAGCCGUGAUAGAUGGCUGUCAACAGUAGCCGGCAAGAGCCUGUGCGGAAGAUUCGUCCCGAAGCGUCCGACUUCGUGUCUGUUGUGCUUCUUGGUGGUUUUUGUGCUAUGUCCUGAUUGUUCUUGUGCGUCUCUGAUUUGUUUAAUUUCUGAUGUAGUUCUUGUAGCUCAUCUUCCACGUCGACUUCUAAUCGUUACCCAUUGGAGUUUUUAGCACGAUAGGAACUCCCACCAGCCAAUACGGAUUUUGUUGAAAAUGCCGCCCAUCAGGUAGUUAAAAACAGAAAGUUCGGGACCUCGGGUUUUUCCCAAUUCUGCCGGUCUGUCCUGAGGUCCAUGUGUACACUUCACGUUCCAAGGGAUUUACGAUGGCCAGGAGAUACUCCAGUGGUCCGACUUGGAGUUUUUCCUGUUCAUGGUGAAGAUGAGCGUAAUUACCGAGACGGACCCUUGAGCUCAAAAAAUAGCUGCGAAGUCACGUCCGGUCAUAAAUAAAACUUUAGGGUUCUAAACACUUAGAAUUCUAAACAUAUAAAUAAACCACAUAACCAAUUAGACAUGAC